AUGGCUGAGAUGAUCCGUUCUAAUCCUAGUGGCAUGUCGGAUGCAGAUAAGUCAGUGGCUGCUACUGCUGAUUUUGCUAGUAUGGAGAAGCACAAUUUCACGCUCAUGCACUGCUGGCAAAUCCUGAAGGAUGAGCCCAAAUGGAUGGAGCUCAAAAGGAAAAUGGACACCCCUCAAAAUAGUGGUUCCAGGGAAAAUGUCCCCCCCCCCAAUGUGCAGCGAGACAUUUUCGAUCUUCAUCCCGAAAAGUCCUCAUCAACCAGCCCAUCAAGAAAACGUCCCAUGGGGAGGGACACAUCAAAAGAGGCUAAGAAGAAAGCUGCUUCAGCGUCCUCUGAGUACAUGUCCAAGAUGCAUGACCUAUCUGUUCAGAAGAUUGAGUUGUUCAAGGAAACAGAGGGUGAGCGCAAGGCCCGGCUAGAUGAAAUUGUUACUAUAGAGAAAGUGAAGGUAUUGGAAGCUCGCGAGCACCGCAAGAUGAUGCUGGACAUAGAGAGGGAAAGGUUGGCUCUGGAUAAGCAACGGCUUCAAAACGAGGCUGAAAAGAAAGAGAAGGAAGAGGACGAGCGCAUUUUAGCCAUUAACCUUGAUCAGUGUCUACCCAUGCAACGAAUGUACUAUCAAGUGCUACAAGAAGAUAUAAUUCAGAAGUUGAUGUCUCGACGUCGUGGACCAACUCAGUGA